AUGUCGACCAUUCUUCGGACGCUGCGCAAUCUGAGACGGAUUGGUUUCAAGGAAUAUGGCCACCAAAUGCAGUACAUUGGUGAUACCAAGGCCGGUACCUUGAUCGGUGUUGACCGCUACGGCAACAAGUACUUCGAGAACAUGGAGGAGGAGCUUCCUCUUCGUACCCGCUGGGUCGACUACAAGGAGAAGGAAUACGACCCCUCGCAGCUUGAGCCUGGCUGGCACGCCUGGAUCUCUUACAUGGUGGAUGCUCCCCCCACUGCCGACAAGAUCAUGCAGACCGGUGUCCGCAGCUGGGAGCUGCCUGAGCACAGGCCCAACCUGACCCUCAGCCGUGCUGCUUUCAAGACCUACUCUACUACCCGCCCCAAGUACUCCGCCUGGACUCCCGUUGCGGCACCCCGGUAG